GUCGGAGGCGGGUCGCCCCGGGCUGGGCAGCGGGACUCUCCGGAGGGGCCGCCUAGGGGUCCCGGCUUCGCGGCGGGGCUUGGGCCGGGCGGGCCUGAGCGCUGGGGGCCCCUCGCUCCCUGGGCAGCCCCCGGCCUCGGGGAAAGGAACACGGGGUCCGCAGACCCGCGAGCCCCCGCAGCCCUCACCCCACCUUGUCGCCCGCCUCCUGCCCUGUGUGGAGACCGUCAGUUGGCUGUUGACCUCUUGGCACCUCCAAGCCGACCCAUUGCGCUUGAAAGAAAGUGGGAGGGAGGUAGGAGGUAGAAGAGGAAGAGAGAGACAAAGACAGAGCCAGACAGACAUUUUGUGAGAGAGAGACAUCAAUUGUUGCCUCCCGCACCUGCCACCACCAGGACUGGGGAACCUGCAACCAAGAAAUCUGUUCAGAAGUUAUGGAUGAUAAGCCCAGUCCUGGAGCCGUAAGUGAGAGUUCAGAACAUCUCUUCUCCUUUGGAGUUAUAGCAGAUAUUCAAUAUGCUAACUUAGAAGAUGGCUAUAAUUACCAAGGAACCAGAAGAAGAUACUACAGACACAGUCUUCUUCACUUGCAGGGUGCUAUUGAACACUGGAAUAAAGAAAGCAGUCCACCCUGUUGUGUACUUCAGCUUGGAGAUAUCAUUGAUGGCUACAAUGCACAGUAUAAAGCAUCAGAAAAGUCACUAGAACUUGUUAUGAAUGUGUUUCAAAGGCUUAAAGUCCCAGUUCAUCACACGUGGGGAAAUCACGAAUUCUAUAACUUCAGCAGAGACUACUUAACAAACUCUAAACUGAACACAAAGUUUCUAGAAGACCAAAUUGAACACCAUCCUGAAACUGUGCCUACAGGGAGUUUUUACGCUUACCAUUUUGUUCCAUUCCCUAAAUUCCGGUUCAUUUUACUCGAUUCUUAUGACUUGAGUGUCUUGGGCGUGGACCAGUCCUCUCCAAAAUACCAGCAGUGUCUGAAGAUGCUGAAGGAGCACAAUCCAAAUUUGGAAUUGAAUAGUCCUCAAGGACUUUCUGAGCCUCAGUUUGUCCAGUUUAAUGGAGGAUUCAGCCAAGAGCAACUGAACUGGUUGAAUGAAGUCCUUACAUUCUCUGACACAAACCAAGAAAAGGUGGUGAUCGUGAGUCAUCUUCCCAUUUACCCAGAGGCCUCUGACUCUGUGUGCCUGGCCUGGAAUUACAGAGACGCCCUCGCAGUCAUUUGGUCUCAUGAGUGUGUGGUGUGUUUCUUCGCCGGUCACACUCACGAUGGUGGCUACUCUGAGGAUCCUUUUGGUGUGCACCACAUCAACGUGGAAGGGGUCAUUGAAACAGCUCCGGACAGCCAGGCUUUUGGCACAAUUUAUGUCUAUCCCGACAAAAUGGUGUUGAAAGGGAGAGGCCGAGUUACAGACAGAAUUAUGAAUUACAGGAAGGAAAAACCUUUUCCAUUUUUAGUCUGAUUUAUUUUAUCCAUAUAGAAAGAGGAGAUUUAGCUUUGUGUUUGUGCUCCGCUACCCCACCCCUAACUCCUCAGUCUCGUUUAGUAUUCUGUUAGUGUAACAAAAUGUAUUUAUGGCUUCAGUGUGUUUUGCUCAAAGGACAUUAUGAAGUCAUUUUGGAAUGUAUAUCCAGUGCUAAAAAUUGGAAAGAAAAUGAAUGAAGGUGCC